AUGGCUUACCGUAAGAUCACGAUCUCUCUCUACCUUCUUUCUCUUUUCUUCUUGUCGAAAACCCAUCUCUCUCUCUCUCUCACCGACCCAUCUCUCAAUCGUGACCGUCUACCUCUUCCUCAAUCAAUCUUAGACGUCCACGAUCUUCUCCCUUUGUUCGGCUUGCCUCGUGGCCUACUACCAGACAAUGUAAAAUCUUACACACUAUCUCCAUCUGGGUCAUUCACAGUUCAAUUAAAAAGCACAUGUUAUGUUCACUUUGAUCAGCUUGUAUAUUAUGCUGAAGAAAUUAAAGGGAAAUUGAGUUAUGGUGCUGUGCACGAUGUGUCAGGCAUUCAAGCAAAGAAGCUGUUUAUUUGGUUACCAGUUAGUGGGAUUGAGGUUAGCAGAGAUGAUGAUAUGAUUGAGUUCUUUGUUGGGUCUUUAUCUCAGAAGUUGCCGGCUAAGCAGUUCGAGGAUAUCCCUGCUUGUAAAAGCAAGGUUGGUCUAAGGAAUAAUCUGGACUCUAUGUGA